UCUGCCCGAACGGAUCUCAUGUUAUAUCUUCCAUCAGAUUGUCAUCUGAUUCUAUGUCGCUAUAUCGUCAACGCAGAGUUCUUGGCUGAAAUUGAAGUAUUCAGGAGUCUUAAUCUCUACCCCACAGAUCUCGCUGUAAAUACAAUAUGGAAACUGAAGACCGAUACAGAACACAGAUACAAGAUUUUUACGUCAGACAGACAAUCUUUAUUACAGGAGGUACAGGCUUUCUUGGAAAAAUGUUGAUAGAGAAACUGUCACGAAGCUGCCCUGAUAUUUCUAUGAUAUAUGUGAUGAUACAUUCGCAAAAAGAUAAAAGCCCUGAAAAUCUAUUGGACGAAAUGCUUGAAGAUCCACUUUAUGACCGAAUAAAAAAAGAAGUACCUUAUUUUCACAAAAAAAUCAUACCAAUCAUAGGAGAUUUCAAUAUCAAAGAUUUCGGAUUGUCAGAAAGUGAUAGAAACAUGCUAAUAAAAAAGGUAAACGUAAUAUUUCAUAUAGCAGCGGAUAUGCAAUUCUACGAAAAUCUCAAAAUUUCUACAAUAGUAAACAUUGAUGCUACUGCUACCAUCAUAAAACUUGCACAAGACAUGUCUCAUCAUUUGAAGUCAUUUAUUUAUGUGUCAACAAUAUACUCAAAUUGUCAUGUAAAACAUAUUGAAGAACGUAUAUAUUCGUAUCCCAUUAAUCAUAAACAUCUUAUCACAUUCGCACGGAACUUACCCGAAAAUAUAUUCGAGGAGAAAAUUUCUAAAUUCUCCUCACAAUGGCCGAAUACAUACACAUUCACGAAGGCAAUUUCAGAAGGACUAUUUAAAAGCGAAGAUGGAAGUCAAUUUGGAAUAUUUCGACCUGCAAUGGUUAUAUCUAGCGCCAGUGAACCACUUAUCGGUUGGAUCGACAAUAUGUAUUCAGGGUUAUCAGGUUUCGCAAGGAGUUUGCUACUCGGUAUCGUAAGAUUUCACCACUGUAAUGGCGCUUACAAGGCGAAUAUAGUGCCUGUUGAUUUUACCGUAAACGCUUUAAUUGCUAGUGCGUAUGAUGUCUGCAGUCAAUACUGCCAUACAGAUAAUGUGCUUGUUUAUAAUUUCGUUCCGCCAGUCGAUGGCCCUACUUGGAAUGAAUACAUUCAUGCAUUACUUGACAUCAAUAAAAUAUAUCCCUUACGUAAUGCCAUAUACUUGCCAUUAAUGACUCUCUUCAAACAUAAGAUACCAUACAGAUUUUGCGUUUGGUUCGGUCACUUCCUUCCUGCUUUACUUUUGGAUGCCGCCAGUAUCUGUAUUGGACGUAGCCCGAGUAUGUGGAAAUUAUAUAUGAAGGUAGACAAAUUUUGUAAAGCAAUUGAACCUUUCUGUAACACAGAAUGGACAUAUUCUAUUGAUAAUGUUCAAUCAAUGUGGGAUAAUCUCGAAGAGAAAGAUAAACAGUUAUUUAACUUUAACAUGAUGGAAUUUAAUUGGACAGAAUACUUAAUUAAUCAUUAUCAGGGCAUGCGGCUCUACCGACUUAAUGAAAAUGACAGUAUGUUGAAAGUUAGUCGUAUGAAAUAUACAAGAUUUUAUUGGAUACACCAAAUCAUCAAAACU